AUGCCCAUCUUUCAUGAUCCCCAUGACAGUCCACCAACAUCGUCAUUCUUGCCUCAGGCCUUGGCCACCGGCUUUGAAAUGCCGCAUACUCCGGGAUUUGCUGUAGAAAGGAACAUGGAACCCGGCAUGCAGCCAGAAUCGCCGAAAGUCGACCUGCUACAGGAUACGGACCCUGGGUCGCCCAGCCAAAUGCGCAAGCCGUCCAUGUUCGGACGGAAGGACUGGAUGGAAAGGAUUAAACGAACGAACAGUCCAUCGUGGUUGCAGCGGCAAGGUGGCGAUUCCGUAACUGAGCGCGACUCCUCAACCCGACCGACAUCGCAAGACCGACCGACUACACCUCAAUCUUCAUCCGCCGAACUACAAACCUCCCGAAUCUCCACCCCGGAACAUCUCCGUGACCCUGCAGCGGUAGGCCUGGAUAUCGAGCGUCCGCGAUCGGCAUUACACUCUGGAGAUUUUAGAGAGAAGAGAGCGGGCACGGCCUCGGAGAAUGACUCCUCAUCUUCAGGCUUCCUAGCGACUUCCCCGGUGGUGCCUUGGAAUCGCUCGUUCCCGUCUGCAGCUUAUACUUCGAACCGCAACGACGUCUCGUACCCGGUGCCACAUCACCCAGAUGCCCGAAUACCCGCGCGAGCGCGAGCGAUAUCGCAGUCAUCACAGUCACCGUUUAGUUCAUUUGCUUUUCUACCGCCCACAAGCCCGCUUGUCCAGCAAGCAAACAACACAGACUUGGACUUUUCCUCUAGGCCAGGCUCGCGGCAAGGGUCCCGAAGUCCCGACAGAAAUAGUCGCCGGCAUACCUACUCUCCUGCAUCCUUUCAUGACUACCAGUCCACCCAAAUGGCGCGAUCCGCCACCGGAACUCCGGCAGCUCGACACAUUCGCCACAGUGGUUCAAUGCCAUACCAGGCGCACCAACCGCGACGAUCAAUGACUUUCAAUCAGUCUGAGCCUCAAUCUCAGUCGCAAACACCAUUCCUACACGCUCGGCGCCCAUCCUUUUCCUCGGAAGCAUCUCCGUUGCAACACGCCCCCAUGGUCGGUUCAUAUGAGGAGUCUAUACUUCGCGGGCGUAUGUCUACUACGCCUUCGCGGCCUCUUGAUUUCGUCGCCAAGAUUGGUGUACUCGGCAAAGGGCAAUGCAAGUCAAGUCUGAAGUGCCCACCCCACGUCACAGUCCCCUUUCCAGCCGUAUUCUACAGCUACAACACCGGUAACGGUAGGAUCUCAGAUAAUGAGCCGAGCCCUUACGUUGGGCACAUUGACCUGGAAAAUACUUUGCCACCGCCAGAUGAAUGCAGCGAAGCUAGUAAACGUAAGCGACGACAUGUGGUGCCAGCCCCCGAACAAGACGAUCUUGACUUCAAGCUUAAUCUUGGUGAAGAGGAGAGUGGACAGAGCGUGAAAGGAGACCUUCGUCGUAAAGAAAAGAAAAAGCGACGAUCUACGUCUCCCAAGGCACCUCCGGGGGGAUGUUACCGGAUACCGCCGCAGGGGCAGCUACAAAUUGUGCUGAAGAACCCAAACAAAACCGCAGUGAAGCUCUUCCUCGUGCCAUAUGACAUAUCGGACAUGGAGCCAGGUCAGAAAACCUUCAUCAGACAGCGCAGCUACUCUGCUGGACCCAUUAUCGAUAUGCCCGCAUCUUCACGGAGGAACCUGGGAACUGACCGUCCAGAGGCUGCCCUCAGCAACUCGGACGAUCCGAACGACCGACCUAUCUUGCGUUACCUCAUACACUUGCACAUAUGCUGUCCUUCAAAGGGUCGUCAUUACUUGUACAAAAGCAUACGGGUCGUUUUUGCGAAUCGUGUACCAGACGGUAAAGAAAAGCUGAGGAAUGAAAUCCAGCAACCUGAGCCUAGAUACAGCACGUACAAGCCGACGCGAGAUGCAUCAUCGUUGCAAAAGACACAUCUACCGGGAGCUCAACCAGCUACGGACAAGGCUUUCCGUCGACGCAGUGCUGGAUGGCCACUGUCUCAAUUUCAGCACUUGUACGAUCAGCUCGAUGGAUUGAGGCAGCACACUCCAUUACCACCUCCAGCCGUCAAGUUCACUGGAGGUACCACCAACUCCUCAGCAUCAAGUGGCUUCAACUCACCUAUGCCGGAACUACAGCCCAUACCUUUUACGAUCGGUAGGCUCGCUGCAAUCGAGUCACGGCCUAUGUCUCGCGAUCGCAUGGACAUUGAUCCGAAGAGCCCCUUCAGAACACCCAUUACUUCGCCGCGAGCUGGCGUAAGUAGUCCGAAAAGUCAAAGCGAUGGUACCUUUGAGAAGCUCAGCAAAGGCGACAUUGGCUACGGCGGAAAUGCAUUCUCUCCGCUCGGCAGCCCGUCCGCUCCGCCCAAUGCCGGUCUAUUAUCACAGCGGUUGCGCGGUUUGGAUGUUCAGCGCGACGAGGAGGAGUAA